CUUCAUAGGUGCAUUUGAACAUGAGAGCGCGAAAGUGACGAAGAGCUAAAGGUCAACAAUAAGUGUUAAACAUAAAAACUGCAAUUUGAAAGCCAUAUAGUAAUUAAUGGGAGAAGCAAUGAUGGAAACUGGAGCGUUGACGGUUUAUCAGUGCAAAGAAUGUAAUCAUAUAGUAAGUGACAGUAGUGUGCGUGUUAGUGAGAACGGGAAAAUACUGGUAUUGACAGAUGCAACGAUAAAAUUAGGCCCUGAACAGGAAAUUGAAAUACCUGGCAGUCAUCCUAGCAAGGUACAUCCAGUACAGUGUCAUUGUAACACUGUUCUUGGUGCUUAUUGUAAAAUUCCUCCUGCUAACGAUCAACAGUUUAGAGAAAAGUAUGUCCUUGAUGGAGACAAACUACUCAGGCAUGCUGCUGGAAAUGGAUUUACUAAAGUUCUAAAACUAAAAGAGAAGAUAAAAAAUCUCAAUGAAAGAUUAUUAGAUUUGAACUACACAGUUAUGUUGUCAGCCAGGGAGAUUGUGAGAAUGAAAGAGGUGUUGUGUCUUUUGGCUAAUGAUCCUAAAGUGAUAAACUUGCUCCAGUUAGAUUCUAAUUUUACAGAUGCAUCCAGUGAUACAGAUAAUAUGUAAGGUUGGUUUGUGGUAAUAUCUUGUUUCCUGUGACCAACGAUUCUGAUUUUUAUAAUUGUCAAGAAAAUAAACAGGUACAUUCAGCAUCUUUUCCCAUGUAAUCGAACUCUGGCAGAUUAGUUAAGAUAUUGUCAUGUUCUCUUAGUUAUGAUAGUAUUCUAAUCAACCUGCUAUAGCUUUUAUGUCAGUACUUGAGAAUACACUCAAGGGGUACCUGCAUGGAAUGUAUCUGUAAAUGACUUAAUAUACAUUGUGAAAUCUCUUCAAGGGUUAAAUUGUUAACUGUGCACAGUACCAUGGCUUUAAUUUCAUCUGGUGUAUGAUGGAAACAUUACCUAGCGUUUGUUGUGAUUCUCCUGUUGGAAGGGGAUUUACUGAACCUUUGAUGAAAAGAUAAAAAUUCUCAGUGACAUAUUAUUAGAUUUAUACUACAGAUUUGUGUUGUCACUCAAGGAUAUUAACAGUGCAAAAGAAGCGUGUUUUUGUGACAAAUGAUCGUGAAGUGAUGAAAAUACUUAAGUUCAGUAAUAAUUGUACAAAUGCAUCUAGUUGUAUGGAUAUUAUGUAAGAUUUGUUUGUGGUAAUACAUUGUUUUCUAUGACUGACAGCUAGGCUGGCACAUUGUACUCCUUUAUAGAUACAACAGCAAUAUCUGGAACCUUCCAGAGAGUACCAGAGUGAUGCAUUUUAUUUGCAGUGAAAAGGCAUAUAAACUGAGAAGAUUUAA